AAAUGUUCUCGUAGGAGGAAGGGGUGUAAGGGGAAGUUGGGUGGGGCCGAGGGAUGCAAACACGCACUGGCUUUUUUUCCACAGCGUGACAGGUGACGACGAUCGUACUCUUACAAGCAAUCUCCUGUCUUUCCCUCGGGAAUUGGUGGUAAAGGUUGAGGCCUCACCAUGGCCAACUUUGGGGGCCAUGCCAUACCUGGCUCCUUCUUCUUGCUCUUUGGAUUAUGGUUGACAGUUAAACACACACUCCAGCACUACUGGAGGAAAAACCAGCCCAAAGGCAGAGUUGUUUUGCCUCCUUUCUUUAAACGAAUGGACUACAUCGAGGGAGGGCUUCAAAUCUUUGCCUCAUUUGUCGGCAUCAUGGUGGAGCAGUUUGUUGUGGACGGGCCGCAUGCACGCCUCUAUGACACGGACAACCAUUCGUGGGUCAAGCUGAUGAACUGGCAGCACAGCACCAUGUACCUCUUUUUCGGCAUCUCGGGAAUGGCUUUGGUUCUGAGCACCUUGUGCAAACUGGUGCCGCUUGGCGUGGACCGCCUUACCCUCUCCUUAGCUCUUUUUGUGGAAGGAUUUCUAUUCUACUACCACGUGCACAGUCGCCCCCCUCUGGACGCCCACAUCCACUCCUUGCUCCUGGUGGCUGUGUUCAGUGGGUCGGCCAGCAUCAUGAUCGAAGUGUUCUUGAGAGACAACAUUAUUUUGGAGAUGCUGAAAGCGUGCUUCUUCAUCCUGCAGGGCUCGUGGUUCUACCAGAUCGGUUUUGUUCUUUACCCACUGAGCGGGCCGCAGUGGGAUUUGACUUUGCACAGCAACAUCAUGUUUGUCACUAUGUGCUUCUGCUGGCAUUUGGCGGUGGCUUUGUUUGUCGUCUCCAGCACCUCGGCUGCCGUUUGGAUCACCAUAAAGAGAUUCUCCCGAAGAGACCGCGACAUCGAGAUGGUGAUGCGAAAUACACUGUCCUCUGCAAACUCCGACAAAGCUUUGCUCGAAGAGUCAGAAGAGGAGUAACGGCUUGACAAUAUCCCUACUUGUUUUGUUGAAAAUUAGUAUUUGAACUGGACGAGUCUGUCUAGUCUUACUUUUCUUCUUCUUUCAAAUCUGUUAUUCUUUUAUUUUCAUUCAUCAGUCACACUCCUGCGGACAAUUGAGUCUUGGAUGAACCCCCCAAAGCCUGUUUUUAGAAUAUGUGAGGAACCUACUGAAAACUAAUGCACGUAUUUGGAGAUCAUGCAGGAAUGUCAAACUUCAGAACUAUUCAAACCACAAGGCUGCCUUACAUUUUAAGAUGUGAAUAGACUGAAUACCACUCCUGAAAUUUAAAAGUUGAUGUUUAAAUUAUUUUUCUUGUCAAUCAUUACAAUAAAUGCAAACAAUGGAAAGUUA